GCGUGCAAAAUAAUACGCCUCGCCACGCAGCCGGUGAGGGGCAGAAAAAGUCUGCGUCGACGAUGCUCAGCCGCGGCCGGUCCAAGAAGGCGUCCGCGACCGUCGACGACCUCACGCUGCUCGUGACGCUCGAUGAAGCCACGAUCCUCCAUGCGCUGCAGCGGCGCUUCGAGCACGACGAGAUCUACACGAGCACGGGCGCGAUCCUCGUUGCCAUCAACCCCUUUGCGCCCAUGCCCCACAUCUACGACGAGCACACCAAGGGCUUGUACAUUGAGCACGGCAACCGAAGGGUCCACGGCGAGAAGCUGCCCAAGCUGCCGCCGCACAUUUACGCGGUCGCCGACACGGCCUUUCGCGAUAUGAACAAGGACACGUGGGUGGACGCGUCGCUCGCCAACUCGAACGUGCUCGAUGCGCUGCGCGCCGAGGCGUCGCCCACGAUUGCUGUGCAAAACCAAAGCAUCCUUGUGAGCGGCGAGUCGGGCGCGGGUAAGACCGAGACGACCAAGAUCAUCAUGAACUACCUCGCAUCGGUCUCGUCGGCGACGACGCAGAAUGGCCACGCUGCCGAGCGAGAGAACGUGCGCAACCGCGUGCUCGAGUCCAACCCGAUCCUCGAAGCCUUUGGCAACGCCCGGACCAACCGCAACAACAACUCGUCCCGCUUCGGCAAGUUUAUUCGCCUCGGCUUUGCCAAGGACGGGACGCUCCUCGGUGCGUCGAUCGCCACGUACCUCCUCGAACGCGUCCGGCUCGUCUCGCAGUCGAUCGGCGAGCGCAACUACCACAUCUUUUACGAGCUCUUACGUGGCGCGUCGCCCGACGAGCUCGCUGCGCUCAGUCUGACACAUGUCGAGGACUACAAGUACCUCAACCAGACGCAGUGCGUGGACCGCAAGGACGGCGUUGACGACGGCGACCAGUACACCAAGACGCGCCACGCGAUGACGACGAUCGGCAUGUCGGACGAGGAGCAGCGCAGUGUGCUCGCGCUGGUGGCCGCCGUCCUGCACCUUGGCAACAUAACGUUUGUCCCGCUCGACGGCGAGAACGAAGGCUGUCGCAUCUCAAACGAGAGUGCACUGGCGUCGGCGAGCUGCCUCCUCGGUGUCGACAAGGCCACGCUGCAGAAGAACUUGUGCAGCCGCGACAUCCGAGCUGGUGGCGACGCGAUCACGGUGCUGCUCUCGCCCGAGAAGGCCGAGGUGACGCGGGACGUCAUGGCCAAGACCAUUUACUCGCACCUCUUUGACUGGCUCGUCGACCGCAUCAACGUCUCGAUCGGGUACGUUCCGCCGACGGAGGAGCGCUUCAUCGGUGUCGUCGACAUCUUUGGCUUCGAGAUCUUUGCGACCAACUCGCUCGAGCAGCUCUGCAUCAACUACGCCAACGAGAAGCUCCAGCAGCUCUUCUCGCAGUUUGUCUUUGAGAAGGAGCAGGAGGAGUACGUCAAGGAGGCGAUCCCGUGGACGUUUGUCGAGUACCCCAACAACGACGCGGUCGUCACCAUGUUCGAGUCGGUGCGCCCGAUGGGCCUCUUUGCGCUCUUGGACGAGCAGUGCAAGCUCCCGAACGGCAACGACGUGAGCUUGUUCACCACGUACUUUGACAGCUUUGCGUCGACGCCGCACCUGCAUGUCUCCAAGCUGCAGCGCGGCGUCCAGCUCUUUGUCGUUGCGCACUACGCCGGCGCCGUGCCGUACGCCGCCGCGGGCUUCUGCGAGAAGAACAAGGACCACGCGCACACCGAGGCGGUCGGGUACCUCGCGUCGUCCUCGACGCCGCUGCUCCAGACGCUCUUCACGGCCUCCGCCGGCUCGAGUGCUGUGACCAAGCAGCCGUCGACGGUCGUCGCCAAGUUCAAGUCGCAGCUCGCGAGCUUGCUCUCGCUAUUGCAUUUGACCGCGCCCCACUUUAUCCGGUGCAUCAAGCCCAAUGACGCGGCGUCGUCGACCGACUUUACCGUCGACCGCGUCGCCGAGCAGCUCCGGUGCUCCGGUGUCCUCGAAGCCGCCAAGAUCUCGCGCACGGGGUACCCUAUCCGCUUCCCGCACGCGGCGUUCGUGCACUCGUACCUCUGCUUGACGCCGUCCGUGGCGCUGGACAAGGAGAACCUCCGGGGCACCGCGUCGGCGAUCGUCGCUGCCUUCCGCGCCGGCACGUUCCUCCAGCCUCCGAACGCACCGCCGAUCCAGUUUGCGAACGAAGGCCGCGACAAUUUCCAGGUCGGCUUGACCAAGGUCUUUCUACUUCUCGGCGUCUACACGCAGCUCAACGAGGUGCGCGAAGCACUCUUUGGGAAGGCCGUCAUCACCAUGCAGCGCGUCGUGCGCGGCUAUUUGGCCCGUGUUGUCUACUGUCGGGUUCGGGCCGGGGUCGUUCGCCUCCAAGCUACCUUCCGCGCAAGACGCCAAGCGCGUCACUACGAGCGUCUGCGCGCCAGUGCGAUCGUCGCCCAAGCUGCCAUUCGCCGGUUCCUCGCGCGCCGCCGGUACCGCAAGGUGCAGCGCGCCGUGCUCACGCUGCAGUGCGCGAUCCGCUGCCAUCUCGCCCGCAAGCAAGUCCAGGCCAAGCGGUCCGUCGCCGCGACCAUUCGCCUCCAGUCGAUCAUUCGCAUGCACCAAGUGCGCAUCCGCAUCCGGCCGCUGCUGAACGCAGCGCGCGAGGCCGCGGCAGCCAAGCGGGCGGCCGAGGCAGCGGCGCUGGCGGCCGUGCCGGUGCUCCCGACGCGCACCCGCCCGGCGCGAAGUGUGUUUGUGGAAGAGUUUAGCGAGUCGGACUCGGACGACGACGACUCGAUCUCGUUCGUCGACCGUCGCAGCACGCGCCUCUCGCUCGCGGCGUCGACGACCGCGUACUCGGUCAUUGUCGAAGCGGGCGGCAGCCUCGGGGUCACGCUGGACGUCAGCAACGGCGACGUGCUCGUCCACCGUGUGCACCCGACGCUGAGCACGACCGCCGACGUGUUGCAGGUCACGGCCGGAGAUACGCUCGUGUCGAUCGACGGCCGCCCGCCAAUGGUGCCAACCUCGAUGCCAAUCUCGGUCGGGGGCUGCCGCCGCUGCUUCUUCUUUCCGCCGGUCGCGCACCCGACGCUGUUUGAGUUUGAAAAGGCGGCGUCCGGCCUCGUGCGCGUGGCCUCGAGUACGACGUCGUCGGCCAAGUUGUACGACGUGCUCUGGCUCGAGGACAAGAGCCUCGGGCUCGCGCUGCGCCAAGACGCGACGACUGCGCGCUGUGUGGUGACCAAGAUCUCGGCCUACCACAACCCCGGCAUGGUCAACGUCCACGAGCAAGAUGUGCUCCUCGCCAUCAACGGCAAUGCUGUUGGCCAAAUGGAGUUUCCGGUCAUUUGCGACCUCCUCGCCCAAGCGUCGCGCCCGCUCGUGCUGAGCUUCGAGUCGAGUGUCCGCUCGUAUCACACGUCGUCCGUGACGCUGCUCAACGGCGCGGUGCUCUUCCACGUCAUCUGGGACGGCGGCCGCCUCGGCGUCGCGCUCAAGAAGAACGCGGCGAAGAAAGGCCCAUUCCCGUACGUGGCCAAGGUCCAGGCCGGCGACUCGGUGAUCGGACGCUUCAACGCCAAGCGGUCGCCGCUCGGCAUCAAGGUCUCGCGCGGCGACAAGCUCGUCAAGGUCAACCACCAGAGCAUCCGCGACGUGCCAUACGAGAGCCUCCUCACGCAGCUCCGGGCCGGCGCCAAGCCCAUCAUCCUCAGCUUCCUCAAAGGCAAGAAGACCAAGACCGUCGUGGCGUAA